AACAACAACGAAACGCAAGCAGGUACAAUGAAACAUCCCGCGUUUUGCAUUCACUGUCUUGUUUCAAAGCAACUCUCAUUUCACUGAAAUUCCCAAAACAGAAUGAUUCCAUAGCAUCCAAGAAUCUUCCGAAUCAAAUCUAUCUAUUAAUCCCAAUUCUCCAAUCAUCCAAUCCAAUCCAAUCCAUUUCAAUGGCGAACAAUCUCAACGACUCUUCAUCUUCCUGUUCAUUUUCAUUCAGCGAUUUCCCCGAAGAUGUUCAGCUUUGCAUCCUCUCGUUUCUCGGCCCCACCGAGAUCGCUUCGUUCGCAUGCACCUCGAAGCAAUUCGGUUCACUCUGCUCCAACGACGCUAAGCUAUGGUUCACGCUUUGCGAUCGAAGGUGGGGUUCGAAAACCCAAAUCGCAAAAUGGGGUGAAGGGAAAAUUCCGUAUAAAGUUCUUUACAAUACUCUUCAUGAAUGGGAUAAUCUCAUUGGUUUCUGGCGGAGAAGCGGUCCCGGAAGCGCUGUGAUUUCGUCGCCUUCGUUGGUUUUCUUUGAGUGGGGGAAUUCGUUCAUUUCGGGUUUUAGGGUUUCGCCUGUUGAAUCGCAAUCUGAGAUUUGUGGUUAUCAGGUUAAAAAGGUACCGUUUUUGAAGAUGGGUAUUUCUGAAGAGGGGCAAAGUGUGAAUCUUUUGGAUCCUGAUGGUAGAGCUGACUUGAAUUUGAAUUUGAAUUUUGGGGAUGGGAAUGAAUUGAAUGAGUUGAUUCCUGUGAAUGUUUGUUUUAUGGGGAAAACUCAUUUUGUUUUGGAGGAGAAUGUGUUUGGGAAAAAUUCGAGUCCGGUACAUGUUACCGGUGAGGAUUGUGGUUUUUUUGGAGAGGAUGGGAUUGGGGUUGGGAGUGGAUCUCCGCCGGAUCUGUUGAUGUUGGAGAUUUAUCAGCAUUUGGCGAACCGGACUAGUCCUGGAAGUGACAGAUCGAGGAGGCAGAGGAGGAAGGAGAAGGGAAGGAUGGCUAGGAGGAAAUGGGAGCCUGAGCAUUUUGUCAAGAUUGUGAAUUGCUCGCCGACAGCGUUGCGGCCUUUGCAAGGCCUUUGGAAGGGAAUUUGCGCUGACAUGAGUUUAGCAUUUUACCUUGUGGCUUAUGAUGACAUUGGUGGCAUUGCUUGCCGUCGGCUUGGAGAUCCUCCUCAACGUUUCUCAACUUAUGCUCCAGUUUUCUGGACGUCUAAUGCUACAUUUAUGGAAUCUCCCUUUCCUCUAGAGGAAGAAUCUCUGUAUGGCAGCCGCAUUCAUCUACAACCGGUUCAACCACACAAUGAAAAUCACGAGCAGUUCCCUAUGUCGGACAUUGAAGGGGAAAAUCACAUUCAGCAGGUCCAUUUGUCCGACAAUGAAGUGGUGAAUCGAAUUCUUCUCAUAAAUGCAAGUUAUGAUUUAGUUAUUCCUGACCUUGUUGCUGAAACAAUAAAUCCAAGGAGUGCCGAGGGAAGGAUUUGGCAGUACCAGGAUGGCACUUUUGGAUUUGGAUUUGUUCGCGACAAUUUUGUCAUAGACAUGAAAAAUAUUGUCUGUGAUGGUUGUAUCAUUGAUGCAGUAAACCCUUCUGCCGGUUAAUUUCCUUCUUCAUUGAUGGAUGUCACCUGUACAUUGUGACAUAUUGUAUCUUUAGCUGUGAAAUUAUGAUAGUUUCCUUAGAUGGUAACCUAGACAAUCCGUUUCAAGGAACAUGCACAAUCCUCACCUGCAAGUCACCUUUUAUAUGUGACUUCCUUUGGUUUGGAAUCUGGAAUUCCUUUUUUCAUAUUUUAUGUAAGCAAAAUAAUGGGAAUUGACAUCUUGUCAGUCCAUUCUUUUACAUUUCAUCCAUUGUAAAUUGUGACAUUAGUCCCUUAAUGUAUUAAAAUUUCUUUAA